UUGCCUGCUACCUUAUUCUUCUCAGUGCCACGGGCGCAGUCUCUCCCCGGAAUUUCGUUCCCCGUCGGUGCAGCUCCGUUUGCUUCCACAAACCAGGCGGCAACUUCCAUCCUUUCCCGGUACCAGUUAGCCAGUACAAUGCCGCCUCAGCAGCAAAACGAGCAAAAAAUGCGUUUUCAACAGCCUUACCAAUUGCACGGCUUAACACAACAUCCACCCCACAUAAUGGAAGCUAAUUCUCUUCCUACUACCUCAUGCUUCUUGCCUGCGCUAUCUUCUGCAGGAUAUGUGCCCCAGACUGGUCUUCCUAUCCUCCAGCCCUCUUUUCCGUUGACUAGAGACCAACUGGAAGCAACAAAUCUCCUGGUUGGACAAGCUCUAAACUCCGGCAUCACUGCCUCAGAACCGAUGCUUGCCGGUCAUGGCCAGUUUGUAAACUUUGGCCCCGAAGGGCAGCUAUCUGCCAGCGCUUCUGAUGCUAUUUCGGCUAUAAGGAACUCUAAUCCUUUUGUUUCUGGCCAGCUUGCUACGACCAGUAAAGUAGCAAAUAGCUUUUUUUGCAACGUACCGGAGCACCAUCGCCUCGAGGACUUUGUCCAGUUGAUGCAGGACAAAUCGCGACGUCUUGAGAGACGAUUGGAUGCACAAGAGGUAGAUAAGGACGAAUCUAGUCGGAGAUGA